AUGAACACGGUACCUAGACCUCCCAAAGACCACUUCAACGUGCUGUUCUUCGCCAGCGCUGGCUCCUUCACUUGUACGCCGCAUGAGGCUAUUCCAGCCCCGCUCUCUUUGAAGAAGCUUUUCGAAGUCCUCGAAGAGAGGUACAUCGGUAUCAAGGAGAGGAUUCUGGAUUCGAGCUUGGUAACGGUCAAUCUUGAAUACGUAGAUAUACCCGGUCCCGACGACGGCGAUGGGCCCCUCAUUCAGGCAGGUGAUGAGGUUGCCAUCAUUCCUCCUGUAAGCUCGGGUUAA